ACGUGCUGAGAACGUGCUUCGUAUGCAUCUUAGUUAAUUAAACGCUUCAAAGACAGCGUCAAAUUGUUUCUGAUUUCAAGCGUGUAAAACACUUCGACGUAAAUAUUGACAGAUCAAUGGCAUUUCGUUGUGUCGUCUGUGAUGUCAAAUUUGACAAAUGUAAUCACUUCAAGAGACACCUCGAGACUAAGAAACAUAAGAUUAACGACACUUUUCAAAAGCUAUCGGAGAAAACUGUAGACGGAGAGCAAGUACACGAGACAUGCAUCGGAAGCACCGGUCCGUACGAUGGCGAUGGACAUGUCAAUGACCAUGUUUUUUGUGGUAGUGAUUCAGAUGCUGAAAUUCAGGACGAUGAUGGUGUCGAAGAGCUUGGCGGUGCUUAUACAAACACAACACAAAUCAGAGGUAGCAACGAUGAGUGGUUUCCGUUUCCCUCAAAACUCAGUCUUCUUCUUUAUGGCCUACUUCACAGUCCAACACAUCAUAUUAGCCUUGAAGUAGCCAAGUAUGUGUGGUUUAUUUUGAGGGAGGUAGGGGUGCCCAAUAUACCACCAAUCAAUCAAGUUCGGAAUAUGAAGUUUGGGGAUUUGAAUGUUGAGGAUUUAAUCAUAAAGGGAGAAGAUGACUCUGGUUUGCCACUCUAUAUCAUCAAGCCUAGUGAAAUUGCCAAACUUAAUAUGAGCAAUCCAACUAUUUCACCAAAUAUUGCAAGGUAUCCUAGGAAAACAACAGUUAUCAAAGAACAAAGAGAUGGGACCAGACUGCGUGAAAUUAUAUCACCCUGGGCAUCAGUCAAUGACAUCCAUUUUCAUGUAGGAGAGCCAGUAAAAAUAACAAACAAUGCCUUAGCAGGUGUAAUAAGAGCCUUUUAUGAGAGUGAUGAGCAGAAUGUUUUGGCUGAAAUUAAAAUUGCAGAGGGAGACAGAAAUUACGAAAAUGAUGACAACAGCUUGAUGGAGAGAAGUAGACUGGUGACAGUACCUUUAACAAGUUUAUCAAAAGAUGUGGAACCUUCAGUCAUGAAUGAUUCAAUAACAACAUCGGGUCAGCUUGUGGAAAAACCAAAGGAGAUUCCCAAAGUUUCAAUUCCUGUUAACCUUUUCAUUGAUGACACCUCAACAAAUGUCAGUAAAAGAUGGCAACCAAUGCAUUGUGCCCAAAUGCAAUUAGCAGGUGUUCCUCUCCAAUUUCGUAACAAUGAGAUUUAUUCCAAUUUUCUUGGAGCUUCUGAGCAUGCCUCAGUGUUGAGCAUUUCAAAGUUAAUUCUGCAGGACAUUGAAUCUACUCAACAAAAUCCAGUUGAAACGUUUGAUGCCGAUAUGAAGACCUGCAUAGCAAUCAAGAUGGAAGUGGCUUCAUUGAUCGCUGAUUUUAACAUGCUUUCUCUUGCUUGCAACCAUGCUGGGGCAACAGCAUUGAAAUUUUGUCCUAAAUGUCAUGCUGACAGAGAUACAUGUUCUUCUAAAGAAAGAGAAAGAUUCCCACAAGAGACAAUGAGAACUAUUGAAAGACUGCGAUUAAGAGGAACUGAAGAAUCAAAAAAAUCUCUUAAGAAACAGACAGGUGUGAAGGACUAUGACAAUCCUUUUUGGGAAGUUUUAAACCCUCAUAGAGAUAUUCCAUCUGGAGUGCUUCAUUUAUUUCACUUGGGCACAUCAAAGCACCUUUUGAAAGUUUGCAUUGAAUCACUGAGUGAGAAUAAAGUUUCAGUGCUUGAAAGUCAUCUGUCGGGACUUGAUUCUCAGCAGCAAAUAACUUUCAACAUCUGCAAGAACUUAAACAGUCGACAAGGAAAGGAUUUGAAAAAAUUUAUUCAAGUCGCACCUUUCAGCUUAGCUUUUGCUGGUUUGAAUACAGUGUAUUUGAAGAUGACCUGUUUAUUAGCUUUGAUAAAUAGAAUGGUGUGCAAAGAUUCCUUUGACAAUGAGGACAUUCAACUCUUAGACAAUCUUGUAAAAAAGUAUCUUCAAAUAGUCGAAGAGCAUUUACCUCAACUUAAAAACAAAGUGAAAACUCACUUGCUGACACAUUUGACAGAUGAAAUAUCACGCCAUGGUCCACCUCUUGGAUAUUCUGAAGAUGUCUUCGAAAAGAGGCAUGGCGUGAUCAGAGCAAAGCUCUUCAAUCAAGAAAAUCAACUCGCAAGAAGUCGAGAUACGGCCAUUUUAUUUGGAAAAAGCUGUGUUUUCCUUCAUGUGUUAAUGGGUGGUUUCUUCCAAACAAAUGAUGCUAUAUGGACCCAAAGCACAAAGAGUGUACAAGAACUUGCUCAAAGGAAGGAAAUGAUAGACUUUCUCGGUCAUUUGUCAACCAAAGACCCCAACUAUGAAAGCCAUAUGCCAGUGUUACUGAUGCCAAUCCGCUGCAACAACAAGAAAGCAAUUCUCCAAGAGUUAUCAUCUUUCCAUCCACAGUGCUUAUUGUUACAAGGACUAGUUGACCUUGGCACUCCAAGUCCCACAGUGGAUGGAAAGAUGAUAACUUACCAAGGCUGUAGGAGUCGGGAUGGAUCAGUAAUCAAAGAGGGGAUGUCCUUAGCAUAUAUGAACAGGGAAAAUGAGGUUGAAAUCGGACUCUUCAAGAGAGGAUAUUUAAUACUUCUAGAAAAUCAGAGGAAGUCGUUAAUUACUGUAGAGAAAGGACACAUUCAGACAACAUCAUUUCUAGGUUGCCCUAUUGUGCACCUCAAGAACGAAACUGAUGUAGUCCCCCUCCACAGAGUUCUUCCCUAUGUCCCUCUUGUUCACCAUUGCGCUCACUCCCACUGCACCAUCAGAGAAGGAAGAACUACUAUCAGAGUGGAACAAGAGGACAAAGAUGUGUAUAAAAGAUUUGUUGUACAUAACAUGAAUCAUGCCAUAAGAGUUUAUGUAGUUAAUGUUUUUUCUCUUAAAUGUCCAUCAGAAUUUCCAUUUUCAGAUCUAAAAACCUGUUCAAAAAAAUUGUAAAUUUACCGUUCUGCUGUCUGAAAAUGUGUACAUAUUUAAUUGUACAUCAAGAGUAUCAAUAACUAUGUAUAACAGGUCUUACUGUUAAAGAUUCAAUAUCCUUUGAAGGAAUAAAAUGUAUUCCCUUUUUUCAAAGUUCAAUGGUUUGAUGAAAAAACAUUGUUUGUACAUGUAGUGGGUUUUUUUUUAUUAUUGAGAGUAUUUUUGCCUAGGAGAUGUUUUUCUUAUACUGUGUGGUAGACAUUCUUUAAUAGAAAUUUUAUAUUUAAAGGUAUGUUAAUAUUGUAUACACUUUUUUCAUCAUGCAUAUUAUGAAGGUGAUUUGCAAUAUCAGCUUCAUUGUUUUCAAAUGUACUGUGAAAAUUAGAAAUUACAAGUGAAUGUUGAGAAAACUAAAUAUUAUAUUUUGUGGUAAAGACAGGCAAUCUUCAAAUGUAUCAUUUCUGUACAAUGGUAAUGAAAUAGAACUUGUCAAGUAAUUUAAAUAUUUAGGAGUUAUAUUUUUAAGAACAGACUCUUUCUACAGUACUAAUAAAUAAGUAGUGACGAGAGAUACCCGAGUUAUGUACACAAUAAUUAAGUAGUCUAGAGAAUAAAAUCUAUCGAUUGAUUUUCAACUUGAUAUGUUUGAUAAAAUGAUUGUUUCAAUUUUACUGUAUGGUUCUGAAUUGUGGGGUUUUGAAAAGUUAUAUUUAAGAGAGUCAACUCUCCAGGCUGAUGUGUACAGUAUACACUCUUGCUUUUUGUAUAAUAUUGUCUGUAUUGUUUAUUUUCUCUAUGGUGUUUUAUACAAUAUGAGAAUAACUAAAUUGAAUUGAAUACUGUAAUUAUCUCUCAGAAUUACAUGUUUUUAUUUUAGUUUCUGUUUACAAUUGCUGUCUAUAGAUUAUGUAUAUUUUAAUGACAACAGGUAAAUUAGUUUUUAAAACUAAUUGUGCUAGCUAUAGCCGAAUGACAUUCUUCUUAUUAUUAUCAUUACAGUCUUAUCCUUUCAUAGCAUUAUCCAAAAACACAAACUGAUUUGUGAUUAUGAUAAGCAUAUGAAAUGCACUGCAUCAACUUUACAAAGAUUUACAAUUUCCAUGCAAACCUUUUCAUAUACAAUCUUUGUUCAUCAAUGAUAGACAUUAAUUUAUAACCAGAUUUAUCAA